CGUCAGGUACGCGCAUGCGUAGACCCAUCGGUUGAUAACGCAAGAUGGCGUCUGACGGAGAAGGCCUAAAGGCAGGCAUUAUAUUUCUGUAUUCUUACAUAUAUGUUGUUUCAUAGAGUACACACGGUUAAUAAUUGUUUGUAGCCGGAUACAUUAGUCUGAGCGCACUUGGACACUUCUCCUGUUUGAUAGCUUCACUUAAGGUAGCUUGCAGCUAGUUUAGCUGGCUAGUUAGCUUAGCUUGUUAGCUGCUAACAAAGAGAGGCGGAAGUUAUUUAAACAUCGCUAAGUAGGGAACAAAUGUGAGUGUAAAGUGUUGUGAUUGUGGGAAAAUGUGCGAAAGAACCAUAGCAAAGUACGAGGAGGAACUUUGUCCAAGAAAAGAGGAGAAGGAGCGACAACAUCAACUACUGGAUGUUUAUUAUAAGAAACAUCAUCAAGUUGUGUUACACAGAACAGACGUCUGCGAAAAAUAUCAUCCAGCCGAGCAGCAGGAGGGGUCCUCCAGUAUAGAGCAGAAGAGGUCACAGCACCUCCACGUGAAAGAAGAGGAGCCACAGCCCCCUCCCUUUAAAGAUGAAGAAAAACAGCGGCUGUCCCUCCAAGACAAGAGAGACCUCAUCAGUGUGAAGAGUGAAGAUGAUGAGGUCAAAGGUGAAAGUGAGGAGAGGGGAGGGGGGGAGCCUCCAAGCAGCAGCUCAACACAACACAUGACAACAGAAGCUGAUGGAGACCACUGUGGAGGAUCACAAGCAGACAAGCUCUUAGCUCCACUAUCAGAUAGUGAGGACACAACCUCACACUCUCCUGACACUGAUGAUGAAGACUCUAAAGAUGAUAAGACAUGUCACACUGACAACACUCGCUUCACAUGUUCUCUCUGUGACAAAAAAUUUCGUUACCGUUCUUAUCUGAAAAGACACAUGAGAACACACACUGGAGAGAAACCUUUUUCCUGCUCAGAAUGUGGUAGAGAUUUUAGACUGAAGCACAUGCUGAAUGAACACCUGAGAAUACAUACUGGAGAAAAACCUUUUUCAUGUUCAAUCUGCGGUAAAGAUUUUAAUCAAAGGCACCAUUUCACAGCACACAUGAGAAUACACUCUGGAGAAAAACCUUUUUCAUGUUCAAUCUGCGGUAAAGAUUUUACUCAAAUAUCCCAUUUCAAAACACACAUGAGAAUACACACGGGAGAAAAACCUUUUUCCUGCUCAGAAUGUGGUAAAAGCUUUGUAAUAAAUCAAAGUUUGGAAGUACACAUGAGAACACACACUGGAGAAAAACCUUUUAUAUGUUCAGUAUGUGGUAAAAGUUAUAUAGAAGGAAACCAAUUGAAAUUACACAUGAGAAUGCACUCUGGUGAAAAACCAUACUCCUGUUCAAGCUGCCACAAAAGCUUUCGUCACCCAAAAUCUGUUACAGCUCACAUGAGAAGACACACAGGAGAGAAAGUGUUGAGUUGCAGUGUGUGUGGUGAAAGAUUCUCUUAUAAGUACCAGUGUAAGAAACACAAGUGUGCUGGUGAGAACAGCAGCAGCAAAUGAAACUGCAGGAUUUGAAAUAACCUGUCAAGACUUUCUAACAUCAGCACAUAAAACAUGUGUGACAUCAUUGUUGUGUGUGUAACACAAUCUUGUUAUUAUGAUUCCAACAUUAAUCGAUUAGACACUUCAGAUUAGUGCUUUUAUUUCAGUGAAGUACAUGAGUUAAUAUACACAUUUGUGUACUUUAAAAUGAACAGAACAAUUUGACUGAAAGGGUGAGAAUAAACAGUACAUUAAAUAUGUUAAAUACAAUUUGUAUGUUUUUGAAAUAAUGAAGUGUUACAUAUUUUAUUUUCUAAUUGUAGAUAAUUCCAUUGAUGAACUCCUUUAUAUUCCAUCCAUCCAUUUUCUACCCCUUGUCCUUGUUUUACAUGUGUUCAUACCUUUGCUUAGUUCAUAUUUACUGGUUCACAUCUGAAACAUCUUCUGGACCACUUCUGGAAGCAUAUUAAUAUUUACUUUAUACAUCAUUUGAGCAGUUGCAUUUAUAAAAGAUCAUUUACUUACAAAAUGUGUGACUUUAUGAAUCAUUUGUUGGUUGUCAAUAAUCCAUUCUAUUAAUCAUCUUUAUUACUUUCUUGUGUAAUAUGAAUAUUGUGGUGUGAUUGUUUUAUAUGUAUGUCCCCAGACCUUUACGCAAUAAACAAUGUAGGCUUCAACUGAAGUUGGCUACAAUAAUUGUA